AUGAUUCGUUCGUGUAUUCUCAUCACGGUGUUGAUCGUUCUGGUCGGCUCAAACACGGCCCAGGAAGCGGGUAAGGAUUGGUAUAAGAAUAGUGUGGUGUAUCAGAUCUAUCCGAGAAGUUUCAAAGACAGUAAUGGUGAUGGCAUUGGCGAUUUAAACGGUAUCACGGAAAAUUUGGUACACGUUAAGGAAAUUGGCGCCGAUGCGGUUUGGAUGUCACCGAUCUUUACUAGUCCACAGAAAGAUUUCGGCUACGACGUUUCUAAUUAUAUUGAUAUUAAUGAAGAGUACGGUACCUUAGAAGAUUUUGAUGUACUCAUGGAUCUAGCACAAUACCAUGGGCUAAAAGUAAUUCUUGAUUUCGUGCCGAAUCAUAGCUCUGAUCAACAUGAAUGGUUUAAACAAAGUAUCAACCGUAUUAAACCUUACGAUGAAUACUAUGUUUGGCGUGACGCAAAAUAUGAUGAAAAUCAAAAUAGGUUACCACCAAACAACUGGUUGAGUAAUUUUGGAGGUUCUGCCUGGGAAUGGAACGAUAUACGAGAACAGUAUUAUCUGCAUCAGUUUGCUGUUGGACAGCCAGAUCUCAAUUAUCAUAAUGACCAGCUGCAAGAAGAAAUGAAAAAAGUGUUGGUAUUCUGGAUGGAUCGGGGAGUAGAAGGCUUCCGCAUUGAUGCAAUUAACCAUAUGUAUGAGGAUGAUCAAUUCCGGGAUGAACCAUUAAGUAACAUACCCGGAGUACCAAGCGAUGAUUACGACUUCUUGAACCAUAUUUACACGAAAAAUCUUCCUGAAACUUACAAAGUUCUCGAGAGUUGGAGGAAGCUGAUGGACGAUCAUUCACCUGGUAACACGAAAAUGAUCCUGACCGAGGCCUAUGCAGAUUUUGAUCUCACUAUAGAGUACUAUCGGUCGGGUUCAACGGUGCCGUUCAACUUCAUGUUCAUUAGUGAUCUAAAUAACAAGUCCACUGCAGCCGAUUUCAAACAUAGCAUCGAUCGUUGGAUGAACAACGUGCCUAACGGUACUGAAUAUGUUGCGAAUUGGGUGGUCGGCAAUCACGACAAUCAUCGCGCGGCUUCCAGAUUCGGAGAGGAACGGGCCGAUCAACUUCCCAUGUUGGUGACCAUUUUGCCCGGUGUAAGUGUGAUUUACAAUGGUGACGAGAUCGGUAUGGUCGAUAGGGAAUUUACAUAUGAUGAAACUAAGGAUCCCGCCGGAUGCAAUGCUGGACCCGACAGAUAUUGGCUAAAAUCGCGAGAUCCAGAAAGAACACCUUUUCAGUGGAAUGAUAGCCCCAACGCCGGUUUCUCUACCAGCAGUUCAACAUGGCUUCCAGUGAACGAGAAUUAUAUCCAUUUGAAUGUAGAGGCACAAAAAUAUAAAGCCUACUCUCAUUAUGACGUAUUUAAGCGCUUAACAGCUCUGAAAAAGAAGUCUGUUAUCGAGAAGGGCAAGCUGGAGACUGCGUUGUACUGUUCCAAGUGUUCUGUCGCCGAAAAUGUUCUAGGGGUGGUACGACGAUACGAAUCAGACAUUGUGGUCCUAAUAGUGAAUUUCAGCGACACGGAGAUGGUCGUUAUUGAUAUUGAAAUGUGGUUAAAUAUUUCGGAGCAGUUAAAAGUGUACACAAUCAGCGUAGGUGGUAACGUACUUCGAGGAUCGGCCGUUGAGAUGCGUUCUUUCAGGCUGUCUGCUUCGGCCUCUGUUGUACUCACCACUGAAAAUUUCUUGGACUAAAUUUUUACUUAUGUCGUGUUAACAAAUAUAACUUUUAAGUAAAUCAAAUUUUUGGAUGUAUUAAGCAUAGAUAUUUUUUGCAAGCAGAUUGUGUCUUGUAUAAAUCUGAGAAAGAUCUUUUA